GCGCUUGACCCGGAAGCGCUUGGCGUGCGGCGCGGCUGGGCGCUAAGAUGGCGGCGGCGUGAGUUGCAUGUUGUCUGAAGAUCCAGGGGCCGCCGCGUUGCUCGGGCCCCGCCAUGGCCGUCACCAUCACGCUCAAAACGCUGCAGCAGCAGACCUUCAAGAUCCGCAUGGAGCCUGACGAGACGGUGAAGGUGUUGAAAGAGAAGAUAGAAGCGGAGAAGGGCCGUGAUGCUUUCCCAGUGGCUGGACAGAAACUCAUCUAUGCUGGCAAGAUCCUGAGCGAUGAUGUCCCCAUCAGGGAUUAUCGCAUUGAUGAGAAGAACUUCGUGGUUGUCAUGGUUACCAAGGCCAAAGCUGGCCAGGGUACCCUGGCACCCCCAGAGGUCUCACCCACUGCUGCCCCAGAGCCCUCCACGCCCUUCCAGCUGACCCCUGCCUCAGGCAUGUCCCAUCCAUCACCUGCCACCAGAGAAGACAAGAGCCCAUCGGAGGAGUCAGCUCCUACAACGUCACCAGAGUCGGUGUCAGGCUCUGUUCCCUCUUCAGGUAGCAGCGGGCGAGAAGAAGAUGCGGCCUCCACACUAGUGACUGGCUCUGAGUAUGAGACGAUGCUGACAGAGAUCAUGUCCAUGGGCUAUGAUCGGGAGCGUGUUGUGGCCGCCCUGAGAGCCAGCUACAACAACCCGCACCGGGCUGUGGAGUAUCUGCUCACGGGAAUUCCGGGAAGCCCUGAGCCUGAACACAGUUCCGUCCAGGAGAGCCAGGCGUCUGAGCAGCCAGCCACAGAAGCAGGAGAAAACCCCCUGGAGUUCCUUCGGGACCAGCCCCAGUUCCAGAACAUGAGGCAGGUGAUCCAGCAGAACCCGGCGCUGCUGCCCGCCUUGCUCCAGCAGCUGGGCCAGGAGAAUCCUCAGCUGUUGCAGCAAAUUAGCCGGCACCAGGAGCAGUUUAUCCAGAUGUUGAACGAACCCCCUGGGGAGCUGGCGGACAUCUCCGAUGCAGAGGGGGAGGUGGGCGCCAUAGGUGAGGAUGCCCCACAAAUGAACUACAUCCAGGUGACACCGCAGGAGAAGGAGGCGAUCGAGAGGUUGAAGGCCCUGGGCUUCCCUGAGAGCCUGGUGAUCCAGGCCUACUUCGCAUGUGAAAAGAACGAGAACCUGGCUGCCAACUUCCUCCUGAGUCAGAACUUUGAUGACGAGUGACACUGGGAAGCCAGGCCGCCCACUGCCCCCACCCUGCCCCACUCCACAAAAGUUUUAUAAAAGAAAAAAAUAUAUAUAUAUUCAUCUUUAUUUAAGAAGUGGAAAAAAAAAGUCAAAAACCUUUUUAAAAAAACCAGCCCAGCUUCCCACCCUCUUCAAGUAGCCCCCAUUCCUUCCUGGUCUGAGAGGACCCAGGCCAGACAGCUGUCCCCAUCCUCCCAGCCCAGCCUGCUCAGAGUUGCUGGCAGGGCCAAGAGGCGGCAGAUGGGCUCCUCUUGGCCUCUGUCCCAGCUCCCUCAGCCAGAUGGAGAGGCGGCUGUUCACUCCCCACCCCGCCGUCCUCCAAGAUGAGGGGAAGCUGGAGCCCCAAACUUUGAUCCUCCAUCGGAGUGGCCGGAAUCUUUCCAUCUGGGGCAAUCAGCAAGGCCCCCUCCCUAGGCUGGCCUUGGCCUCCAGCCUGGGGAGCAAGCGUGACAUCAGCCCUAGAGGCCAAGGCCACCCCCAUCCCAGAACAGAACUGUGUCUCUGAUAAAGGUUUUGAAGUGAAUAAAGUUUUAAAAAUGA